AUGCCUCCCGGAAAGGGAAUUGUCGCGGUGAAGGGCUCUGGGCGAUCCAAGACGCGCCCAGAAGCGUUCUACAGCUGCCAAAUGCAAAUCGGUGGGACGACGCUCGUACUUCGAACUAAUGUCACGGUGGAAAGUAGCGUGACUCACAGCAAAUCGAUGCAAGUGCUUACCUGUGGUCAGCGUAUCGGCCAUGUAGCAACCCUAGUGCCUAACCACAAGGGUAUCAUGGCUGUUAUAGGCGGUGCCGCUCUGGGUAGUGUAGCAACUAAUCAGGCAGCUCUUGGUAACCAUUCAUUGAGCGCUACUCUGCCCUCCAUAAUGAAGCUGUCAUCAUCCGCGGUUGAAGUCGUCAACUCGGGGGAAAUGGCCCCUGCGCCUGAUCCGAAUGCAGAUAGGAGUAAGAUUAGCGAUAUGACAUUGCCACCUCAAGAGGCCUCCACCUACCCAUUGGUAGAGUAUUACCAUAUUGCGUCUCGGCGAUGGAGUGCGCCGGGCAUCGCACGCGUAGAAAAAUGGCCUACACAGUCUGCAACUGCUGUUCUGUGGGAUUUCUCUAAUCCUGAAAGCAAUUUCUCAGACACUGAGAAGCUCGAAACAGCAGAUGAGCAGCAGGACCUCGUAGAGCUUCAAUCGCUGAAUGGGGAUUGUAACUCGACACGAUCUUUGCUGAUUCUACCGAAGAUACCCACUCUGGUGUGUGCGGUAGGAGGCUGGGACGGUCAGCGACGGUUUGCUUCCAUGCGGCUCUACGCCGAAGAAACCGCAAAAGGCUCUUGUGAGGCGUCGACCUCCGUCCCUGGAGUUUCAAUUCUUCCCUUUCCGGAAAGCAUCCCUCCCAUUAGCGGGCACAGCUGCACCGUAGUGGGUGGCAAGCUUUAUGUUUUCGGCGGCACUACAUUGCAUGGCUGUUCGAAUACCGUUCAUGGAUUAACCAUCGCUAGCAGUAGCCCGGACUGGGCUCAGACGUGCAUGAACCCCGGCGACCCGGCUGGAUUCGAUGUCGCCGCGUUGACCUUAGUGAAGGAGGUCGCUCCUGUGCGAGAAAUAGCCAUACAGGGCUCAUCUGCAACUUCCUCUGAAGAAAAAAAAACUACUGAGCGGAUACCCGAUCCAGCACCCCGGUCCGCACAUGCGUCCUGCUGCUUGGACGAUCGUAUUCUGCUCUUCUUUGGCGGGCGUCGGCUGGUACUGGAGGAUCGCCCGAAUCCAACUAAACGGCACGGCUUGAACAACGCUAGAUCGAAGACAAAAAGUAAUUCAGGUCGAACCUAUACGCGCGCCGGCGGCGCCAUACCAGAAGAGCAACCUUUUGGAAAUUUCCACUUGGAGUUAUUUAACGAUGUGAUUGUGUACAAUACUGAAACUCGAUGCUGGCUCCCAGUGCAGCUCACCGGAGGGGCUGCCCCCUGUCCGCGCUAUGGUGCAGCCAUAUGUUCGUUACCCGGCCUUGGCAGGGAGGGAGAGGGUUCUAUCAAAGAAAUCUUGGUCCACGGUGGAGUUGAUGCAGCGGGCAAGAUCCUCUCAGAUGCGUGGAUCCUCCAUAGCAAGAAGUUAUCGUCUGGAAAGGAGACGAAGAUCGAUAUGCUGGCGCUUGCAGCUGAGGCUGGACGUAAAACAGAGCCCCUGCAGUUUGUGUGGGUACGACUCAACUUAAUACCGCCACCCCUCACCACAGUGACGCCAUCCUCUCCACAAAACCAGCUCGCACUGGAGUUGGGUCGUGCCUACCAUACAGCGGUCGUCAUUGCACACCACACACGCGUGCGGGAGGUGCUUCUUGUAGGUGGAUAUGUUCAGGGAGCUGUGUCAGCUGCGUGUAUGUUGCGCCUUUCCAUCCCACCCAUCCACAAGGCCGAGGAAACGUAA